AUGUGAGCGUAUGUUGGAGUCCGCCAGAGCCUUUCCCUGGUCCUACAAGCUACACACUGACUCUAGUGGAUUUGGGAGAGGAGCUACAGCAAGAUAGAGAGCAAGUUAUCGCUGACAUGGAUCCCCUUUGUGGUGAGUUUACUGAUUUGGAGGAAUACUGGCCCUACAGAAUAAGGGUGCGGGCGUCAACAAAGGCUGGGGAUGGACCUACUUCUGACUCAGAGGAAUUCAGGACCCUAGAGGCAGCCCCGGGCCGUGUGACAAACCUUCAUUUCAUUGUACCGGACGGCUUACUAACCAGCGUGAAUGUAACUUGGGAGCCUCCAAAGCUGAGAGACAGAAAUGCCAAUAUCACAAGUUUUGUACUCGAAUACCGGAAAAAGGUCUCCGAUAAUGUGACGUCAUUCACCAUCCCUUGGUCACAGUCAGACAAUGAAGUGUAUUCUAAAGUAGUGAAGGUUGAACCAGGUGAAGAGUACAACGUUUCGCUGGUGGCCGUUAGCAAAAGAUUUAUGGGAGAGAUACUUUACGUCGAGUACUUAGCACCUCGUGGACCGCCUCCUGUGCCUACUGAGUGCGUUAUUUGCCCGGACGUCUCCACCAAAAAAACUGUCCCCCAAUCCGUCCAAAUCUUUCAGCUGAAUCUCAGGAUGGACUUCUUCACUGAUGACACCAAUGGGAAAAUCGUCGAUUCCGGGUUAAUCGUAAUCCAGACGAGUUCUGUUGAAGAAGAGUCUACCUCCAAGAGCUUGGCGGAUACAUUCUACAUGAACUAUGCGAAAUGGCACGAAGCGAAUAGCAAAGAUUUCACCAUUCCUUACAGAGCUACUCCGGUUGAUUGGUAUUUUCGACGUGAUAUAAUGAGCAGGUCAGAAGGGGAAACAGGUUCUUUCCGGUAUACAGUUGGAAAUGAUGGAAAUUGUACUGAAUAUAUUGACACGUUUUGUAAUGGUCCAUUGAAGCCAGCAACGAAAUAUAGUGUAAAGGCAUUUUCCUGCACUCAUGGCGGCUGCACCGAAACGGAGUACACAUCUGGCUAUCAAACUUCUGAAGCCAGACUUAUUGCAGCAGCAAGCCAGUCCUAUGUAUCAGUAGUAGCAGCCGUGAGUGCAUCUUGUGCAGUGCUUGUUAUCGUCACCAUUGUUGUCGUCGUUGUCCUCUUCAAGCGAGCUCGUCGUCAGAAAAACAGAGGGAGGACCCCCAGUGAUUCUGGUUCAGACAGUGACUGCCCAAUCCCGUUCACUCCGAUAGUCAAACAACCACUCAACGAUCUCCAGACAUCAAACCCAAUUCCCUUGGCUAAGCUCUUUCAGACUGUAGAAGAGUUACACAAGGAUUCAAACUUAGCCUAUUCCAGACAAUAUUUGUGGUUGAAAGAAAGAAGUCCCAAGUUACCUGUCACUGCUGCGGUUCUGAACGAUAAUAUGUUGAAGAAUCGCUACAUAGACGUCCUGCCAUUUGACGAUACCAGGGUAAAACUGCUACCGGUGGAAGACGACGAGGCGUCAGAUUAUAUCAAUGCUAACUACAUUCCGGGUUACCAUUCCCAGAGAGAGUACAUUGCUGCCCAAGGUCCUUUGGAGACGACGGUGGAGGAUUUCUGGAGAAUGAUCUGGGAACAGAAAGUCACCAUCAUCGUCAUGUUAACGAAAGUGAAAGAGAAAGGAAUGGUGAAGUGCGUGCAGUACUGGCAAGAUGAAGACGGAAAUCAUGAGUAUGGAAAUAUUGCUGUUGAACGCUUGUCGUACUCCAACCUCAACACCUAUGAGCUACGGGAAUUCACCAUAACCAAUAUACAUGAUACAACUGUCCGCAAAAUCAAACACUUUCAGUUUUUGACGUGGCCAGACUUUGGAGUGUCAAACUGUGAAGAUAUGGUGAACUUCCUUCAGGAUGUCAGAAGCCAUGUCAGACCGAACAUGAGUGGACCUCUCCUCGUACACUGCAGUGCUGGCGUUGGACGAUCCGGAACAUUCAUCGCUGUCGAUCAGAUUCGUGAGAACAUGUAUGACCCUACAGCUGACUCUGAUCCCUCCAUUGACAUCUAUGGCAUCGUUCUGAACAUGAGAGGUCACCGCCCACGCAUGGUACAGACUGAGGCUCAGUACAUCUUCAUCCAUGACUGUGUGUGUGAAAUCAUCAAACGGGUAAUGCUGGAUGAUUGCCCGGAUGACGAACACGUUUACUAUAAUCAAGGUUUUCAAAUAAAAUGAUAUUUCUGUGACAAAGGCAAAAGAAACGACCUGUUGGCUUAAGUUGGGUUCCGAUGCCGUCAACAAAGGUCAAAAUUCUAAGAUUUACUUCAUUUUGUCUUUGACACGACGUUUAAGCCAAGGGUUGCUGGUUUUCACCUGUAUAUGCUUUUCUUGACAUAGAUAUUAGAAUUAAGCAAACACGCAAAUAAUUAUUCUCCAUGUGUGUCAUUGUUGAAAUUAACCAUGUUUUUUUUUUUAACUGAAGCAUGUUUUGAAAAAUGUAAUCCUUCUGACUGGAUGACAAAUGUCACACUUCAUACGAAUGAACUUGUUACAUUUUUAAGAUAAACUAAGCUUUGCAGGUAGAAAUCGCUACCCGCGCUAACGGAGAGAAGCAAUGAAAUCGUAUUGAGGUACGUUCCAACAGGGCUUUAUUGGUAGUUUUUAAUGGGAGUUGUCUCCCGUCGUUCAGUUCUUACACAUUUUAACGUUACGACGGUAUGGUUGAAAACUAUUUUAUAUAGCAUUGAACAGAUUGAAAUAUUCUAUUUGACACAUCGGAAAAAAUCAAUAAUACAUGUAGGCCUAGCAUUUUUGAUAAAAAAAAUUGUUACUGUUGGCCAUAAAUCAUUUAGAAAUUUGUUUACUUUUUUACUGUAUAUAUUUUCAGUUUCUGACCAUUAUCCUAAAUACGCUCGCAAAUUUUGACACAAGUGACCAUUGAGACGAAGUUUUGCUUUGCAUCUGUAUAUUCUAAGUUUUUGUGGCGAUAGACAUUCGUGUAAUAUUACAGAAAUGAAUGGUUUGUAAGAAUAUAUAAAUUUAUAUGGUUUUAUAAACAAUGCUUUUAUGGUAGUUCACAAAAUUUUGCACGCUCGGAUAGGUUUUUUUUAGGUGAAGUUCCGCAGAAGAAAAGGCAUUCUUCGUUUUUGUGUAAUUUUAAAGACACCUAUUGAUAUUCAAAUAUUCUCAAAACCCGGACUUUGCCCAAACUCGUUACAUACAACUGACCGAGUCUGUUUCAAUCUUUUAUGCUUUAUUAUAUAGAUGUAAUCAUUGUAUAUCACCUUACAUAAUGUUUAGUGACUGUUUUUGCUUUGUUUUGUUUCUUUAGAACACUGUUUCCUAAAUGUAAUGUUUCUCAGUGCUAUUUUAUUGUUUGGUGUUGGAAAGUGUGGUUGUCACUGUGACAGUUUACCAGAGAAAUUGUUUGAAGUAUAAAUACACAAAAAGACUGCCCUCAGUUCGCCCCUGGUAAAUAUUUAUUGUUCGAAUGAAACUUAAAGGCGAAUCAGCUUUUAAGCUGAAUCGGAAUCCACCAAAUUACUUGUUACAUAUUUUGUAACAUCUAACUAACAGAAGCGUGAUUACGUGAUUAGCACGACAUGUUUUCUAUGAGGGGCAGAAUAAACGAUAUAUCUAUAUUCGUAAAGGAAUUAUUCAUGUCAAUAAAACAAAAAACAAUUUAUCGAUAAUAAACAAUAUACAAUUUUAUUGGUAUUUAUCGAUAUCGAUAAAUGAAUAAUACAUAUCAAUUCAUAAAUGAAUUAAUGAUAUCGAUAAAUAGGCCUACGAGUAUUUCUUAUAAUGAUUGCUUCUUCCUGAAAUCUCGUAAUAUAUUAAGCCGGAUUUUAAAAAAAUUUGCUAAACCGAGUAAAUCGAAGGAAAUUUUCAAAAUGUGUACAGGUAUUACACGAGUACCCGCAUCACUCGUGUUUCCCGUGGUUCUGUUGAAUUGGAUCACGGAUAUAGGUGACACAGCCUUGAUUCUACUGCCUUAAUUCGUGGACUCUCCUUAGUCGACUAUUGCAAAUACAUGCAUUUUUCUCAGCCUUCCUCUUGUAGCAACAUAGACGGAGCAGUCAUUUCCACUGAAACCAGCAGGGAACACUUUAUGUCGAUAUCGCUAAUCUAUUUAUCGAUGUCGAUAAAUGAUUUAUCGAUAUUGGUAAAUAAAUUAACGAUAUCGAUAAAGAGUCAGAGAUUAAAUGUUAAUUUUGCCCCCCUGUAGUUUUCGACGUAUUCCACCAUUUUGAAAAAUCAUAUCAGUGCAGAGUUCAUAAGAAUGACAAAAUGUAAACUUUUAACUGGCAAAUCCGAGAUGGCUUUGUUACAUGGUCAUGUCAAUUCAACCUUACAUGUUUUUAGACUUGUUCUAUAAUGUAUGUGGUUUUGAUAUUUGCUUUUUUGCGUUUUUGUGUUAAUGUAUCGGUAGGUCCGCUGAAAGUCUUCUUUUACCUAAAUAAAGCUAGUA